UUACUUCUCAACACAAAGGAGCGGAACAUGGCAGGAAAAAAACCAAAAGGUAUUCUUGUUCUUCACGUUCUUUGCUUUCUGUGUGGCACCAACCUUUGUUUGCCGACUGCAAAGAUAUCAAACUUUGAUGUAGAUGGAGGACUGGACCUUGACAUUUUUGACAUUAAUGAAGAGGCAGGACUGAAUCUCGUAGAGGGGGACAUUGUUCUGGAUGAGGGACAGACUCGAAAUUCAAUCAUAGGGGAGGAGUAUAAAUGGCCAAGAACAAUUCCCUACUACAUGGAGGAUGACUUAGAGAUCAAUGCAAAAGGUGUGAUUUUAAAGGCCUUUGAGCAGUACCGCCUAAAGACCUGCAUUGACUUCAAGCCAUGGAGCGGGGAAGAAAACUACAUUUCCAUCUUCAAAGGAAGCGGCUGUUUCUCUUCUGUUGGUAAUCGGAAAGUUGGAAAGCAGAGGUUGUCAAUAGGAACAAACUGUGACCGCAUUGCUACGAUAGAACAUGAAUUCCUUCAUGCGUUGGGCUUCUGGCAUGAGCAGUCCAGGUCAGAUCGAGAUGACUAUGUACGCAUCAUGUGGGACCGCAUCUCAGAAGGUAAAGAGCACAAUUUCAACACGUACAAUGACAACAUCUCCAGCUCUUUGGGCGUACCUUACGACUACAACUCCAUGAUGCACUAUAGUAAAAACGCUUUCCGCAACGGCUCUGAGCCCACCAUCGUUACAAAGAUACCUGCUUUCAGUGAUGUCAUCGGCCAGCGAAUGGAGUUCAGUGACAGUGAUCUGCUGAAGCUGAACCGCCUCUACAAGUGCACUCAAGGCUCCACCUUCCUGGAUUCAUGUGACUUUGAACGUGAAAACAUCUGCGGGAUGAUCCAGGGACAUGGAGACAAGGCCGACUGGUUGAGGGUCACUAAAGCUGCCGGGGGGCCCGACACAGACUACUCAAACAUGGGCAAAUGCACAGGAUCUGGAUACUUCAUGCACUUUAGCACUGGUACAGCUAACAUCGGAGACACAGCUAUGCUGGAGAGUAGGCUUGUCUAUCCCAAAAGAGGAUACCAAUGUCUGCAGUUUUUUUACUACAACAGUGCUGGUCCCAGCGACACACUGAAAAUCUACGUCAGGGAGUACGAUGAAGCCAACCCCAGUGGAGUCCUGCGCCUCAUCGCAACAAUAGAUGGAUCUCCUCAAGAUUUGUGGCAGCUGCACCAUGUGAGUCUAGACGUGAAAAAAAAAUUCAGAGUGGUCUUUGAAGGGAAAAAGGAGGGCUCUGGUCCAGCUGCAGGAGGACUCUCACUGGACGACAUUAACCUUUCUGAGACCACCUGUCCUGAGUUUGUGUGGCGGGUGAAAAACUUCAGCCAUGUCAUGGAUACCUCCCCACCCAAGACUGCUAUUUUUAGCCCCCCCUUCACGUCUAAAGAGGGUUACACCUUUCAGAUGGAGCUUUUCCCCAAUGGAAUAAAUGAGGGUUACUCUGGAGAGUUAUCUGCCUACGCUCACCUGGUGGCCCGGGAGGGGGACACCGGACAAACAUGGCCAUGUCCCUGGAAACAGAUAACCAUGAUGCUGAUGGAUCAGCACCCACAUAUCCAAAAGCGCAUGUCCAAUCAGCGCAGCGUCACAACUGACCCAAACAUGAAAGAAGCAGAUUCUGACCUUUUUUUCUGGGAUGAUCCUCGGAAAGUCGGGGUUGAGGUUACGUUUACAGAUGGGUCCAAGUAUUUCCGUGGACCGGGUGCUGGAACUCCAGUGUAUCUCACCCACCUGAGAGCUAAGAGCCGAGACUUUAUCAAGGGAGGAGAUGCCAUCUUCCUUCUCACAAUGGAAGAUGUGUCCCAUCUGACCAUCUCCCAGCCUCUGCCUCCCACAACCACUAAUGCAGCUAUCCCAACCAAUAAUGCAACUAUCCCAACCACUAAUGCAGCUAUCCCAACCACUUAUGCAACUAUCCCAACCACUAACCCUUCAGAUAGUUGUCAAAAAGUGAUUUGUCAGAACGGUGGAGUCUGUGUUGUGGAUCAGGGAGAGCCUACCUGCAGGUGUGUUGUAGGAAAUGACUGGUGGUACUACGGGCCAAACUGUCAGUACAAAGGCUCCACAAAGGAUAAAACCACUCUUGCUCUGGCCUCCUCCCUGUCUGUGCUGGCAGCCAUGUUGGUGAUCACAGUAGUGAGCAUCCUCUGUGUGAAGAAGAAGUACAAGAAGCGUGCUAAGAUGGAUGGUGUAACCCUGGAAAAUGUGCAUGCUAAUUAAGUAGGCUAACAGAAACAGGCUAAUAUCACAACAGCAGAAUGAGAUCCUGUACUGGAUCUAAUGCUGCAUUGAAUUGCCACCUACUGGUCAUUUGAUGUAAACACAUAAAAGGAGAGAAAGUUUAAACCCUUCAAAGCCCGGACAAUGAAAUAAUUAACAAAAAAUUAUAUAUUUUUUAAAUUAGAGUGAUAUUAAACCUUCUGAGAAAUUUUGUAUCAGUUCAAUUAGAUCAUUUAUUUGCAUCAACUUUGAUAAAGCAGGCCUUUCUGUAUAAUCUGUUAUAUAUUUUCUGUUCACCUCGUGUCUGAAUGUGUAAGCCGGGGUUUUCAGAAACAAAAAUAUCUUGAUGAUGCAGG